AUGUGUCUACGCGUCCACAAGCUUAUCGUAUUGUGGCUCGGCUUUGUUUUGUUAACUCUCGUCCCCCGUUCUUGUCUCUCGGUAGAGAUCGACAGGGAGGGGCUUCCUGAUACCGGUUUGAACACGACUGACUGGGAAACGGGGGCGCUUCCUCCUCUGGAUGAUAUGUGGGAGCUGAAUGACUUCCAAAUCGCUGCCAAGAACGUUUUGGGAGCCAGGUGGUAUGCAUCAUAUCGCACUGCAGCUUUGGACCAGGUUACCUAUGAGGCGAACAUGAAUAUCUGGAAGAAGAUUCGCCUAAACGGUUAUACGUUCCGUGAUGUAUCGGACGUGAACCUCAACACUACUAUUCUUGGGUAUAAUUUUACUGUCCCGUUUUUUAUUGCUCCAGCUGCCUACGCAGGUCAUACAAACGCUUCUGCUGAGUUAUCGCUUGCCAGAGCAGCAGGCAAGAUGGGUGCUCUUUAUGCACCUAGUAUUGAGUCAACGAAAACAAUUGAAGAAAUUGCUGACGUCGGUUUCGCCAACCAGACUAUGUUUCAUCAAGAAUACGUGUGGUCGAACCGCACGCUGUUGAUAGACGACUUGAGCCGUAUUGAGGCCGCGGGGUACAAAGCCAUAUUUCUCACUGUUGACAACACUGGUGUAAAUGGCAUAAGAGUCCAAGCCAUGCGGCAAACUGGAGAACUUGAUUCCGACUCUGGCCAUUCCGCGAGUUUUACGCUCGAUGCGCUCGCCGAAAUUCAAAAUCUCACCACACUUCCUAUCGUCCCGAAAGGAAUCAAAACCGCAGCAGACGCUAAGACCUGCCUCGACCUCGGUUUCCCAGCUAUCUAUGUGUCUAACCAUGGUGGAAGAGUUUUAGAUGGAGUUCCCACAGCUGUGGAAAUUCUUCUGGAUAUCCGGAAACAAUAUCCUGAGGUUUUCGAGCAGAUGGAAGUAUAUGCGGAUGGAGGGGUUAGAAGUGCCAACCAUAUCAUUACGCUUCUCGCGUUGGGGGCAAAGGCUGUCGGAUUGGGCAGGAGUCCGAUUUUUGCAAAUAUCUACGGCGAGGAUGGCGUGGAUAGGAUGCUCACCCUGCUCCAAGCAGAACUACAAACCUCGUUGCAACUGAUGGGUGAGGCUGAUAUCCAAAACGUGGUUGGAAAUACGACCUACAUUAAUACCAAGCAAGUGGAGGUGGAAUAUUUUGGAAUCAGUUGA